UAAUGCUCGUACUCGAUAUCGAGUUGUUUCGAUAGAUAAUUUGAAUUUUUGGAUUACCGUAUCCGUGAUCGAAUAAAAUUUGUCGAUAUGUCGAAUAAAACUAUUCGAGUUUUUGCCCGCCACAUUCUACCUGUCGAGACCAAAACAAAACAGAAGAAAAACGAAAUGAGCACGAAUUGCAACAAAAUAAAUUUUAAGCAAAAGGCAAUUAUGGCAGAUUUUAUGUCUGACCACCCGGGACUUGACAAAGGAAAAAUUUCGAAUUGUCCAGAAGGUAGAGCGUCAUCCAAUCGUUUGUGGGAGCAGUUGACAACCAAAUUAAAUGGAGCAGGACCACCCGUAAAGAAUGUCACCUUGUGGCGAAAGGUAUAUAUUGAAAAGUGGUAUGAAAAAUUAUGUUUCACAGUUUUCCUUUCCAAUGUUUAUGCAGACCAAAAACAACAUGUUAAGAAGAAAUUAUCUUUUAACAAGGCAUCAAAGAAUCAGACAGGUGGAGGUCCAUAUGAAGAAAAACUCAUCACCCAAUCAGAAGAGCUGAUACUGGAAGCAGCAGGAUUAUCAGCGGCUGUAGAGGGGCUUUCUUCAGUCCAAAGUUUUGGUGCAAAAAAAGGAAUGGAAGUGAAUAGGAAGGAAAACGACGAGGAAGAACUGAUGGAUGUAGAAAAUGAUAUGGACUGCAGCAUUGGUUCCACUGUGCCUUCAUCUACUCAACGUCGUACCAAAUCAGCCUCAAAGAUGGAUCUUUUGAAAGAGAAUAUAGAAAAACACGAUGAAGGGAUGCGCGAAAGGAAGUUGUUUUGGGAUACUCUAAUAGAUUGUAAAAGAAAGUCCCUCAAAAUUAAGGAGGAAACAUAUAAGUUGAAAGAAAGAUCUUUAAAAAUAAAGGAAGAAGAGCAUAAGUCAAAUAUGGCUAUAAAUAAGGUCGAGCUUGAGAUUAAAACGUUGGAAUUGAAUUUGCUGAAACAAAAGGCCGAUUUGUAAGAAAAAAAUGUGUAUAUUUGUACCUAUAUAUUACUAUGGACUUUUCUAGUAACCCAUGUACCUUAUCAUAAAAGAAUGAAAUGAAUAGCUUUGUUUAUUUAUAAUUACACUAGAAUGUAUUAAUUGAA